CGCCCCCCCCCAACGGUAACCAAGGAGACGGGCGUCAUGCUCCCUCGAUGCUAACGGAUUGAAAAGGUUUCUUCAAGCGUCAUUUAGACACAAAAAUGAUUUUGAAGCACAUUAAGACGCUUUUACCACCGCAGGAAAAGGUGGCGAAGCUGCCGUGCUUGGCGUGGGCUCCGAACAACAACAAGGUGGCCGUGUGCACCCCCGACAGGGUGGUGCUGCUGUACGACGAGCAGGGGGAGAGGAGGGACAAGUUCUCCACCAAACCGGUGGACCCCAAGUAUGGGAAGGACAGCUACGCCGUCACAGCCAUGGCGUUCUCCCCAGACUCCACCAAAAUCGCCAUCGGCCAGUCCGACAACAUCAUCUUCGUCUACAAGAUCGGGGAGGAUUGGGGAGACAAGAAGACCAUCUGCAACAAGUUUGUUCAAACGACCUUCGUGACCUGCCUGCUUUGGCCCGAGGAGCACAGCAUCGUUUACGGGCUGGCUGACGGGCGGGUGCGUCUUGCUGACACCCUCACCAACAAAUCCUCCACCAUCUACAACACGGAGUCCUUCGUGGUCUCUCUGACCUCCAGUGUCUCCGGUAGCGGCGUCCUGUCGGGGCAUCACGAUGGCACCAUUGUCCGCUACUUCCUGAGCGACGACGGGUCCAGAGAAUCUCAGGGGCAGCUGGUGAGGCACCCGGGCCCCCCCUACGCGCUGGCCUGGGGCACAGACAGCUUCCUGGUGGGCAGCUGUGACAAGAAGGUGGUGGUUUACGACCGAGAGGGUCAGGUCCUACAGACCUUCGACUACAGCAGAGACCCGUCGGAGAAGAUGUUCCACGUGGCGGCGGCCAGCCCCAGCGGGCACACGGUGGUGCUGGGCAGCCAUGACCGGCUGCGGGUGUUCAACUGGGUUCCCAGCAGAGGCAUGUGGGACGAAGCCAAGCCUAAAGAGAUCUCCAACCUUCACAGCAUCACCAGUCUGGCGUGGAGGAGGGACGGCUCGCGCCUUUGCGCCGGAACCAUGUGUGGGGGGGCGGAGAUGUUCGACUGCUACCGGAGGAGAAUCAACUUCAAGAAGAAAUUUGAGAUCACCUACGUCAGCCUGAGCCAGGUGAUUGUCAGGAACUACUCCACAGGAACACGGGUGGUGCUCAGCUCCUACUACGACUACGAGAUGGGGGAGGUGAGAAUCAUGGGGAAGGACCGCUUCCUGGUGGCCCGCACCUCGGACUCCAUCCUGCUGGGAGACCUGAUGACCAACAGGCUGAGCGAGGUUCCUUGGUCUGGUUCCGGAGGAAACGAGAAGUUCUUCUUUGACAACGAAAAAGUCUGCAUGAUCUUUAACGUCGGCGAGCUGAGCCUGGUGGAGUACAGCAGCAACGGCGUCCUGGGCUCCGUCCGGACGGAGUUCAUGAACCCCCACCUCAUCAGUGUGCGACUAAACGAGCGCAGUCGGUCAGGACUUGAAGACAACAAGAAGCUGGCAUAUCUGAUCGACAUGAAGACCAUCGCUGUCGUGGACUUGCUCAAAGGCAUCAACGUUGGAACCAUCAACCACAACUCCAAGAUUCUCUGGCUGGAGCUGAAUGAAACCGGGCACCACCUGCUCUUCAGAGACCGGAAGCUGCAGCUCCACCUGUACGACAUCAAGUCCUCGGCGAGGACCACCCUGCUGAGCUACUGCUCCUUCGCCCAGUGGGUGCCCGGCAGCGACGUGGUCGUGGCCCAGAGCGACAGGAACCUCUGCAUCUGGUACAGCGUCGACAGUCCAGAGAGCGUCACCACCUUCCCCGUCAAGGGAGACAUUACUGAGUUGGAAAGGGCAGAGGGAAAAACCAACGUCCUGGUGAAGGAGGGGGCCAACAUGGUGGCGUACACACUGGACGAAGGCCUCAUCGAGUUUGGAACCGCCAUCGAUGACGGAGACUACAUCAGAGCCAUGGAGUUUCUGGAAACCAUGGAGAUGUCGGCAGAGAUCGAGGCCAUGUGGAAGACACUGAGCAAGCUGGCCCUGGGGGCUCAGCAGCUGCACAUCGCAGAAAGGUGUUUUGCCGCUCUGGGAGACGUCUCUAUGGUCCGAUUUCUCCGACAAACCAGCGACGUGGCAGACAAAGUUUCCCAGGAAUCCGGUGAAGACGGAGCAUCUCAUUACAAAGUUCAGGCCCGUCUGGCCACGCUGGACAAGAACUUUAAACUGGCAGAAAUGCACUUUGUGGAGCGUGGGGCGUUGGAUGAAGCCAUAGAGACCUACAAACGUCUCCACAUGUGGGACGACGCCAUCGCUCUGGCUGAAGCGAAGGGCUACCCAGAGCUGGACCGCCUGCGGGCGAGCCAUUACCAGUGGCUGCUGAAGACCGGCCAGCAGAACGAAGCUGGGGAAGUGAAGGAGAGACAGGGAGACUUCCACGCCGCCAUCGGCCACUACCUGAAGGCGGGACUGCCCACCAAAGCCGCCCGCGUGGCCAUCAGCCGCCCAGAGAUCAGCCGCAGCGCCGAAACCGUGGAGGCCAUCGCCGCCAGCCUCGUCAAGGGGGAGUUUUACGAGAGAGUGGGAGACCUGUAUGAGAAGAGCGGGAACCAGCUCAGGGCUCUGGAGUGGUACCGAAAAGGCGGAGCCUACGCCAAAGCGGUGGAGCUGGCUCGCGCGGCCUUUCCUGCUGAGGUGGUGAAACUGGAGAACGCCUGGGGAGACCACCUCGUCCAGCUGAAACAGAUGGACGCCGCCAUCAACCACUUCAUCGAGGCGGGCUACUCCCUCAAAGCCAUCGAGGCGGCCAUCGCCGCCCGCCAGUGGAAGAAGGCCGUCCACAUCCUGGACAUACAGGACGACCCAUCCACCGCCAAGUACUACAUAAAGAUCGCUCAGCAUUACGCCUCCAUACGCGACUAUGAGAUGGCAGAACAACUCUUCGUGAAAGGAGGCCGCGUCCGGGACGCCAUUGAGAUGUACACGACGGCGGGACGCUGGGAGGAGGUCCACAAGCUGGCGGUCACCUGCAUGACGGAGGAGGAGGUCGCGGCUCUGUACGUGGGCAGGGCGCAGGAGAUGGAGCGGGACGGGAGAUUCAGGGAGGCCGAGAGGCUGCUGACGACUGUGAAGCAGAUCGACCUCGCUAUCGCCAUGUACAAGAAGAACCAGAUGUUUGACCAGGUCAUUCGCCUCGUGGCCAAACAUUACCCAGACCUGCUGACCGAGACGCAUCUUCACCUCGCCAAGGAGUUGGAGGCGGAGCUGAGGUUUUCGGAGGCGGAGUUUCACUUCAUGGAGGCAGAAGACUGGAAGUCUGCUGUCCAGAUGUACAGAGCCAAAAACAUGUGGGAGGAUGCAUACAGGGUGGCGAAGAAGCACGGGAGUGACGCUGCCCAGAAGGUGGUCUUCCUGUGGGCCCGGAGUCUGGGGGGGGAAGCUGCCGUCAAACUCCUCACCAAGUUUGGGCUCCUGGAGUUCGCCGUCGAGUUCUCAACCGAGAAAUUCUACUUCGACUUCGCCUUCGAGCUGGUCCGCCUGUCCCACAAGGAGAAGCUUCCCGAGAUCCACCUCAAGCACGCCAUAUACCUGGAAGACGAGGGAAAGUUUCCUGAAGCUGAAGUGGAGUUCAUCCGAGCGGGAAAACCCAACGAGGCCGUGUUGAUGUACGUCCACAACAAAGACUGGGCCAACGCAGAGCGGGUGGCCGAGAACCACGACCCCGACAGCGUGCCCGACGUUCUGGUGGGCCAAGCCAAGGUCAGCCUGGAGCAGAAGGACUUCCAGAAGGCUGAGGCGCUGCUGCUGCGGGCCCAGAGGCCCGAACUGGCCGUGACGUUCUACAAGGAUGCAGGCAUGUGGAGCGACGCCAUCCGCAUCUGUAAGGAGUACCUCCCCAACAAGCUGGGCUUGCUGCAGGAGGAGUACGAGACGGAGACCUCCAGGAGAGGACUGCAGGGGGGUGAGGGGCUGCUGGAGCAGGCCCGGGAGUGGGAGCAGUCGGGCGAAUACUCCCGGGCCGUGGAGUGUUACCUAAAGGUGAAGGACGACGCCAACGCCGCCCUGAUGGAGAAGUGCUGCAUGAAGGCAGCGGAGCUGUCCAUCAAGUUCCUGAGCGGGGACCGAGCCGUGGAGGUGGUCCGUGCGGUCGCUCCACGCCUUGCCCAGCUGAGGAGGUUCAGCGCUGCUGCAGAGCUUUACCUCAGCAUGGACCUGUUCAAGGACGCCAUCGACGUCUUCAUCGAGGGUGAAGAGUGGAACAAGGCCAAGAGAGUCGCCAAAGAGCAGGAGCCCAGGUAUGAGACAUACGUGGACCAGAAAUACAAAGAGUACCUUAAAAACCAGGGCAGGGCGGAGUCUCUGGUGGACGUGGACGUGAUGGCCGCUCUGGACAUGUACGCUGAGAGAGGACAGUGGGACAAGUGUCUGGAAACGGCAUCCAAGCAGAACCUAAAGGUUCUCCACAAGUAUUUGGCUCUGUACGCCACUCAUCUGAUCAAGGAGGGAGACGCUCAGAGAGCUCUGGAGCUCUACCUGCAAUACGGAGCUUCACCUAACCCACAGAACUUCAACAUCUACAAACACCUGUUCCUGGACCUCGUCAGCCCCCCUGACAACGACGGGCCCGACUCCUACCGCAUGCUGGCCAACCUGCGGGACUUCCUGCUGCAGCUGUGUAAGAGCGUGUCCAUGUCAGCUCAAGCCAACAGUCCAGCGCAUGAAGACUUUGAGCAGAUGCUGCUGAUCGCUCACUACUUCGCGACCAGAUCCGCCUCCAACGGACAGGAGCAGCUGAUCACCAUCGCAGCCAAGCUGUCCGUGUCCCUGCUGCGUCACACCAGAACCAUCCCCGCCGACAAAGCCUUCUACGAGGCCGGCAAGGCUUGCAAGAAGGUUGGAUGGGAGAGCAUGGCCUUCAUCUUUCUGAAUCACUUCUUGGACCUGUGUUAUGCCAUCGAGGACGACAGCGAAGGCGCUCUGGACCACAUGGAUUUCAUGGACACCGACAUUCCCUUCGAUGUUCCUCUUCCCUCCAAAGUCUGCAUCACAGAAGGUCCGCUGGAGCAGAUCAGGAACUGGGUGCUGACGGUGUCCGUGGACCAGCAGGUGGAGCAGGUUCUUCCUCGCGAUGAGAGGAACACCUUUGAAGGUUCCCUGGUGGCUGCAGGCAGCGGCCUUCGCUCGGUUCCCUGUGUUCUCACAGGAUAUCCGGUUCUGGGAAAUAACAUCCAGUUUUCCGCGCUGGGGAAGGCGGCCAACAAGGAGGACUGGAACCGGUUUGUGAUGGUGACGAAGACGAGUCACAGUCCGGAGUGUCAGGACGUGCUGCGCUUCAUCGGGCUGUGGUGUGGCGGUCUGCCGGCCUCAGACCUCUUCUUCCACUGAUCAACUCCAGCGUCUGACCUCUGACCUUUCUCCACCAGGCAGCAGCGCAUCAAUCAAACGUUUGUCUCAUAAAUAAAAGACUUUUAUCUCUGACAUUUA